AUGUCACACAUGGAUAUUCUACUGUUCCAACCUUCUGUUUUUGAAAAUAUGAUUAAUCUUAGAUAUAUCUUCUCCUAUGAUUCGUUUUGGAGAUCUUUGCAAAUGAAGAAGCUAUUUACAUACCAAGUUGAUAAUGUAUUUCUUCCUGAUGAGUUAAGGUAUCUUCGAUGGGAAAAUUACCCCUUCAAAUCUUUAUCAUCAAAUUCUAAUCUAAAAAACCUUACUCUGUUGGAAUUACCACAUGGAAACAUGGAACAACUUUGGAGCGAAAGUCAUCAGAACCUUGCUAAUUUAAGGGAAAUUGACGUUUCAUAUUGCAAGAAUUUAAGGAAGAUUCCUAAUCUUUCUGAAGCCAUCAACCUUGAACUCCUUUGUUGCGUUGGCUGUGAAAGUUUGGUUGAAUUUUGGAAUGAAGAUGGUCAUACAGGCCUUGUUAAUUUAAGGAAAAUUAACUUUGGGGGGUGCGUGAAUUUAAGGAAGAUAUCUAAUCUUUCAAGAGCCAUCAACCUUGAAAUCCUUGUUUUCACUGACUGCGAAAGUUUGGUUGAACUUUGGAAUGAAGAUGAUCAUAUGGUAUGUGUUUUCAUAUUUAUUUUUAAAAAAAUGAUUUAUAAUUUAUAAUUUGAUGUAUCAAAUAUUUAUAUGAUAACAUUUUAUUUGAAGUUUUUAAAAAAUAAAUAUAAAAGAUUUUAUAUUAUUUAGAUAAAUGACAUGGUUUGAUUUAUUAAUUGUGGAUGAAUUUUAACG